AUGGCAACACUUCAAACUUCUCUUCUCUUCAAACCCCCCUUCCCAUUCCUCUUUCCCAACCACUCCACUCAUAAACCUCACCACCGCCACUUCUCCUUUUACCCCACGCGCCUCCGCCCGCGCGUUCUAUCCCCUCCACUUUUCUGCACAUUUCAACCUGACGCAACAACUCCCCACUCCGACCCUAACCAAACCCUACCCGAAUCAAAACCCGGUUCCGCUGAUGUAGAGCUUAUAAACUCGACGGAAAACGACACCGUUGCGGUUUUGGAUUCAAAUUCAAACGAAUCACGAUUCGAGAAUGUUGAUGGCGAGAGGCUCGAGGCUUCGGAAAGUGAAAAGAUGGAUUCGAAAUUGCCGAUAGUGGUGUUCUUGAUUGGACUUUGGGUGAGAGCAAGAGAACGUGCUGAGAGGGCGUUUUCGGAAUUCUUUGAUUGGUGGCCGUUUUGGCGGCAGGAGAAGCGGUUGGCGAAGUUGAUUUCUGAAGCUGAUUUGAAUCGGCAGGAUGCUGAUAAGCAGAGUGCUAUGUUUGUUGAACUCAAUAAGCACAGUCCCGAGUCUGUGAUAGAGAGAUUUGAAGAAAGGGAUCGAGCUGUGGACAGCAGAGGAGUUGCAGAAUAUCUUCGAGCACUAGUGAUCACUAAUGCUAUUGCAGAAUAUCUUCCUGAUAAGGAAUCUGGAAAACCCUCUGGCCUUCCUACCUUGCUGCAAGAGUUGAAACAACGGGCAUCGGGUAACACGGAUGAGACUUUUCUUAACCCUGGAAUAUCUGAGAAGCAGCCGUUGCAUGUGGUUAUGGUUGAUCAGAAAGUAUCAAACAAAUCACGCUUUGCAAAAGAGCUUAUCUCAAAUAUUUUUCUUGCUGUAGCUGUUGGAUUGUUCUGGUUUAUGGGCGCUGCUGCCCUUCAAAAAUACAUUGGAAGCUUGGGUGGGAUUGGUUCUUCAGGUGUUGGUUCAAGUUCUUCCUUUACCCCAAAGGAGUUAAACAAGGAAGUAAUGCCAGAAAAGAAUGUAAAAACUUUUAAGGAUGUGAAAGGUUGUGAUGAUGCAAAGCAAGAACUUGAGGAAGUUGUGGAGUACCUAAAAAAUCCAGCUAAAUUUACACGCCUUGGAGGAAAGUUGCCAAAGGGGAUUCUUCUGACAGGGGCACCUGGAACUGGAAAAACUCUGCUAGCCAAGGCUAUUGCUGGAGAAGCCGGUGUUCCAUUUUUCUAUCGUGCAGGGUCAGAAUUUGAGGAGAUGUUUGUUGGAGUUGGUGCUCGACGUGUAAGGUCCUUAUUUCAAGCAGCCAAAAAGAAGGCUCCUUGCAUUAUCUUCAUUGAUGAAAUUGACGCCGUUGGAUCAACAAGGAAACAGUGGGAGGGCCACACCAAGAAGACAUUGCACCAACUACUCGUUGAAAUGGAUGGGUUUGAGCAGAAUGAGGGAAUAAUAUUGAUGGCUGCAACAAACCUACCUGAUAUUCUUGAUCCAGCUUUAACGAGGCCUGGUAGAUUUGAUCGACAUAUUGUUGUACCGAAUCCAGAUGUACGUGGUCGGCAAGAAAUAUUGGAACUCUACCUGCAAGAUAAACCUACAGCUGAGAAUGUUGAUAUUAAAGCCAUAGCUCGUGGUACCCCAGGAUUCAAUGGGGCAGAUCUUGCAAAUCUGGUGAACAUUGCUGCCAUUAAAGCUGCGGUUGAAGGUGCAGAGAAAUUAACAGCUUCUCAGUUGGAGUUUGCAAAAGACAGAAUAAUUAUGGGUACAGAGCGAAAAACAAUGUUCAUAUCUGACGAGUCAAAAAAGCUUACUGCUUAUCACGAGAGUGGCCAUGCGAUUGUUGCCCUUAACACCGACGGUGCACAUCCAAUUCAUAAGGCAACAAUAAUGCCCCGUGGAUCUGCUUUAGGAAUGGUUACUCAGCUUCCCUCAAGUGAUGAAACGUCAAUAAGUAAGAAGCAGUUGUUAGCUCGCCUUGAUGUUUGUAUGGGAGGAAGAGUUGCAGAAGAGCUUAUCUUCGGCCGUGAUAAUGUCACAACUGGAGCAAGUAGCGAUCUUCAAUCUGCUACUGAGCUUGCCCAAUACAUGGUUUCAAGUUGUGGGAUGAGUGAUACAAUCGGACCAAUUCAUAUAAAGGAGAGACCAAGUUCUGAAAUGCAGUCACGUAUUGAUGCAGAGGUUGUUAAACUCCUUAGAGAUGCAUAUGAUCGCGUGAAAGCUCUUCUGAAGAAGCAUGAGAAGGCAUUACAUGUGCUGGCAAAUGCAUUAUUAGAGUGCGAGACACUUAAUUCCGAAGAAAUCAGGCGAUUACUACUCCCAUAUAGGGAAGGAAGACUGCCAGAACAACAGGAGCAAGAAGAAGCAGAAGGGGAUCUUGUAUUGGUCUAA